AUGUUAGGGAGAGAGAGAGACUUGUUGAUUGAUGUUGAGUUUGUGGGAUGCAAACACCAGAGAGAAGCAGUAAAGGUUCCAUGCUCUCUCAAAGCGUUCCUGGUUAUUGGGCUCACCGGAGUGUUCUACUGGCCCAUAAGCCUCAAAUACUUGGACUACGCUGAUUUUGUUCCGGAUGCUUAUGCUGCUGUUAAUUUUGAGUCGCUUGUUGAAGCCAGGCUCGAUCUUCAGGUAGUGGUAAAUCACCAAUUGAAUGUAGUAGCAGUUCCAUGGGAAGGUGCAGCUAUAUCAAGCGACCCAACAAAUCUUUUUCAAGGGAUAAGAAAUGUUAAGAUCCUAGAUCUAGCAUCUCCUUCAACAUUUGAGUCUGUUGUACAUUUGCCGGAGCAAAGGCCUACGAUUAGAGGAGAAGUGAUCAAAAUGAUUCAAGAUAUAAAGGAAGAGAAC